UUGAUCAAGACACAUUUAACAUAAAUGAUCAAAGCUUCUUUGUGACCGAAAAUGGUGGUGAAGGAGGAAUUCAUGGUCUUCAGAGGAUUCAAUGGGUUUGUUUAGAUCAGGAUCUAAGACAGAAUCAUGAAUUUGGAAUUUCUGCAAACUGUGAAACUGUGUUGUACUAA